CCCACAGGAAUCCAAUUUGGAGUGUGGUAAACUGGUGAAAAAUAUGGAAGCGCUAAAUGAGAAGACGGAUGAAUUAAAAAAUGAGAUGAACGAGAAAAAAAUGCUCUUAGAAAAAUCGUUGAUCGAACAACAAAACUUGAAAGAUCAGGUUUUGGCAUUGGAAGAGCAGAAAUCUGAAAUAGUCGUUGAACUCAACAAUGCCACCCAAGAAUUGGAAUUGAGAUCCGUUAAAAUUGAGGAAUUGACUUCAACCAUUCAGGAGUUACAAGCUAAGAUAUCUGAAAUGGAAACUACCCUAGAGAAAAACAAAGCCGACAACGCGAACAAAAUCGAAGAGAUUAGUAUCAUUCUGGAAACCAAAGUAAAACUUAUUGACGAGAAAGACAAAGAGUUGGAUUGUAAAGCAUCUACUAUCAACAAGCUCAUGUCUGAUCUAAAGAAUGGUACCGACGCUAGAACUAAAUUGGAAAAUAAUAUUGAGAAAAUGAAGAAGGAUAUGGAAACUGAUAGGAAUAUUGCAAAAGAGAAGGAAAAUACCUUGGCGAAGAAAAUAGAACAGAUGGAUAAGGCUGCUAAAGAAAAAGAAAUCGAGCUAUCCAAACAAAUGUCCAUAAUUUUGGAGACCCGUAAGGAAAAGGAUCGACUGCAAGACAGGUUGAAAAGCAUGCAGAAUACAAUAGACAAUAUCGAAAAAGAAGUAACAGGGCGCUCUGCCUCGCAGUCAACGCGCCAGCCCGCUGAACUAGAUGAUAAUUCAGGAAUGAUGAAGCCAGCACCACCGAUUAAGAGAGCUUGCACCCCCGCUCCGAAGAGAAUCCAGAAGCCAUCAGGGCCUACAGCGCUGAAAGAACAAUCUAAGAAACUAAGAGACAGCGUACUCAGUAAUUUUUUUAGCGACAGCGACAUGGAAUGCGAGCUGGUGGCUGACGUAAGCUAA